AUGCUCUACCUAACGUCUGAUGACUUUCCAAUAUUCGUACCAUUCGGUGUCAUUGGAUUCUACCGCUACCUAUGGUACCUAAUACGUCUAGCGGCAGCGGCUACAUACCGCCCAGUCCCCCUUCCCGAAAACCCAACAUACAUCGCCUCCGAGGACGUUACCAUCAUCGUGCCCACAAUCGACGCAGGGGAGGAGUUCAAAGAGGCCGCCAAUAGCUGGCUCGUUGGCAAACCCAAGGAAAUUCUCAUCAUUACAGAGGAAAAAAUGCUCGGCCCUCUGCAGGACCUCGCCAACCAGGUCGACCCCGAGCGGAUACGAGUCCUCACCGUCCCCUUCGCCAACAAGCGCCUCCAGAUGAGCCACGGCAUCAAGAACACCACAACCGACAUCAUCGUGUUUGCUGACGAUGACGCUAUUUGGCCGCCCACGCUGCUGCCGUACGUGUUGGCGUGUUUCGAGGACCAGAAGGUCGGGGGUGUGGGCACGAGCCAGCGGGUCCAGUCAGUGGGCAAGAAGAUGACCGUUUGGGAAGUCCUCGCCGCCUUCCGCCUCACCAUCCGAAACAUCGAAAUCGCCUCCUCGACCCACAUCGACGGCGGCCUGCCCUGUCUCUCCGGUCGGACGGCCGCAUAUAGGACCGUCAUCCUCAAGGACCCCGAGUUCUUGCACGGUUUCACGCACGACUACUGGUUGGGGAAGUACCAGCUCAACUCAGGUGACGACAAGUUCUUGACACGCUGGAUGGUCAGCCACGGCUGGGCCACGUACGUGCAGUGCUGCAAGGAGGCGGAGCUGCUCUCGACGAUGAAGCCCAACUGGCGCUUCUUGAAGCAGGUCCUCCGGUGGACUCGAAAUACCUGGCGGUCGGAUCUCCGAAGUCUUUUCAUGGAACGGCAUAUCUGGACAUCGCACCCUUACGUUGCUUACACUAUGGUGGACAAGAUCUUUAAUCCUCUCACGCUCCUCGUCGGACCAUGUCUCGUGUCGUACCUUAUGUACAAGAGCACCAUUCCAGUCGACCAAGGAGGUUACCAUCUCCCAUGGUGGAACAUCCUCCUGUCGUACUUCGUGUGGCUCUCUGCAACGCGUACGCUCAAGCUCCUGCCCCAUCUCUGGAACCAACCCGAACACAUCAUCUACGUACCCGCAUUCAUUCUUUUCGGAUACUACUUUGCUAUCAUGAAAAUUUACGCCCUUUGCACGUUACACGAGACCGGGUGGGGCACACGCGCAGGCAUCGGCGACGCCUCCGCGGCCACAGCAGCGAUGGACAAGAUGAAUUCCGAGAAAUCAGAAAGCGGGCCGCCCUCCUCCCAACCGCCCAACCACCACCAGCACCACAACCAUAACCCAGCCGCAGGGCACAACCACAACGCGAACAGCUCAUAUGACGCGUCCCCGUUCCGCGACCAGCCCUCGCCGUACCACGACGACCAGGACGAGUUAGCGCAGACGCCGACGAGUGCGACGCCAGUGUAUAGCCAGCGCUCGCAUGUCCGCACGAAUUCGCUGAGUAGACGGCGGCAGGCAGCGGGGAUCAAGGAGGAUGAGAGCGUGGAGAUGCAGGUGGGGUAUGCGCGGUGA